AUGGUGUACACGUUGGUACGUCAAGGAAGAUUAUUCUUCGUGGGUGGCGGAUGGGGUAUGAGUGACGAAGCUACCACUAGCUAUCACGCCAUUAUAGACCAUUUUACAUACACGUUAAGGAAAUUGAAUUCCACAUUCUUGGAAUGCGGUCGUCCUUUGGUUGCAUGGCAAGCAGACGUGUUAGGACAUUCCAGGGAGUUCGCCUCGCUGAUGGCUCAGAUGGGUUUCGAUGGUCUCUUCAUAAACCCCAUCAGUUUUGACGACGAACUGCCUCGGAUGAGGCGAAAAGGCAUGGAAUUCGUAUGGAGGGGCAACGAUGAUUUGGGUCCACCGUCAGAUAUAUACACCCACAAACUGUAUGAUGGCUAUUGGCCCCCCCCAGGGUUCUGUUUUGCGUCCACAUGUAAUGAUCCCUUACUCAUAACUUCUUCGGAGACAUUCAGAAACGUAAUGCAAAGAGUGGAUGAAUUCGUGCGCAUAUCCCAGGUGAGACAAGCCCCGUACUAUAGUACCAAACACAUCAUGGUAGUUAUGGGCAUGCGGGAUGGAUAUCACGACGCUAGUGUCUGGUUCCGGAACAUAGAUAAGUUGGUCUACGCGUUGAAUACGAGAUAUGCUGAUGUCCAAGUGAGGUAUUCUACGCCUGCUUGUUAUUUAAAAGCUGUAUAUGAUUCUAGCCCUCAACUUCAAACGAAGCAGGACGAUUUCCUUCCAAUGGCGUACGAUAGAGAUUCUUUCGCUGUUGGGAUGUUCACUUCGAGACCUUCGAUAAAAUAUUUAGCAAAGGAAGGUCACAGAUACUUACAGAUUGCUAAGCAACUACAAGUUAUGGCCAGACUUCCUAAUAAUGAUAAAACAUUCGAGGAAUACAGUUGGAUUAAUGGUGCAUUCCAAGAUCACAACAUAAUAACAGGCGAGAUGAGACAUUACGUGUUUAAAUAUUACGUUAACAGAAUGACCAAAGCCACAAAUAUGGUGUUAUACAAUGUCUUGGAGAAGGGAAUUAAUAAACUGAGAAAUAAUAUAAACGACACGCAAACGCUGAUUAUAUGCAAACUAAACGUUUCCAGAUGUUAUCCUACUGAAGGAAAACAUAUGUAUAUAGUAAUAUACAAUCCUCUCGCAUGGCCCGUGUCCAUUCCGGUGAGGCUACCAAUGUUCCAAGUGGAGCAAGUCGUUUAUGACCCUAAAGGUAAAAAAGUAAAAGCUGGUCAGAUAGAAUUACCGGAGCCGGUACGCAACAUACCAGAGAGGCGGAGCAAAGCUGAUUUCGAGCUGGUCUUCAUCGCGGAGGACGUUCCGCCGAUGGGAAUAAGGAAGAGGGCGCUCGCGCACAUCUACGACCAUCCGGGGCUGCAGAGGCAGAUCUACCAGACCCAGGGCCCCGUGGCUACAAAAGAGCUCACAACCCCCAAUAAAAAUAAUAUAAGACACGGAACUUUUACAUUAGGUACCAUUGAAAACAGUUUCUCAACAAAAUUACAAUUACUUCAAUCCUACUAUUUGCAAAGACACCAAAUUGGCUGGGAGCGACCAAGAAGAGCACCAAAGACAUCGCAAAAAAGCCGAAUCAAGAAAAAGGAACGCAUGAUCCGACAAAAUUCGUUUUUAAACGAAAACGACCUGCAUGAUUACGAAUAUUUCGAUGACGUCACCACAGAAACUGUGAAUCAAUCCACGAACCCUGAAAUUAAUAAUACUAGAAAGACAGAUAUCAUCGUCAAUAAUACUUCAACAACUACAACUACAGAACUUCAAACUAUUAAAACAAAUAAUGUCCUUCUACAUGCUGUUUUAAUGAAUGAUGAAGCAUUUACUACUGAAGAUGCUGUUCCAACAAAUUCUGCAAUAAUAAAUGAAGAAGCCAUACCAGAAACUACAACAAACGAAGUUUUUAAUACACAAUCAUCAGUAACUUGGACGCCAAGACCUAUUUCUUGUAAUAAAAGCAAAGCAGAUACCAAAGAAGGAAUAAUAACAUCCAUUGCUACAGAAAAAUCACACGGAACAAUAGUUAAAACAGAACCAUCAGUAAUUUGGGCAUCACAUAUGGCAAAUAACGAAAUUGACACAGACGAAUCAGAUAAAACAACGACUACCACAGAAGAAUCAGUUUCUACAGAGAACAAUGACAAAUCAACAGUUGUCUCAGAAGAAUCGGUACUGGGGGCACAGACAACUGAACCAGUUUAUACGGAAAAAUCAGCUAGAAUGACUGUUACUACCCCAAAAUAUAUAGAAGCAGAUGUUACAGUGAUAAUGAAUGAUAAACAUGUAUUAACACCCAAAAUGAGGGCAUCGGGAUUUCAGAGCGAGGAUAUACGACAAGAUUUUAUGAUGAAAGCACCGAAACUAGAUGAAGAUGAUGAUCUUGAUGAAUUCGAUUAUUGGGCUGGCUACCCAUCUUAUAUUAUGAAUGAACAUUCGUACAUCAGGAAUAGGAAGAAACUUUCGAGGGAGCCGAAAGAUAUUAUGGACAGGUUCCUACGCGAGGUUGGUGUUGACAUACCUGAAGAUCAACCAAAACAAGGCCCGAGCCAAAGCAAGAGGCCAAAAAUCGAAGUGUCAUUUGUGUCCACGAAGCAAAGACAAGUAAAUUUAGAUAGCAACAAGAGAGCUAUAAGCAUAUCUCUAGCUAAUGGUAUCAAGAUGAAAUUACAAAUUCAAAUGUAUUACUAUGUUUCUGAUGAUCCUAAGAGGAUGAAUAAGUAUUCAAGACCUCCAGGUGCUUACCUGAUGAGGACUAUGGAUGAUAAACCAGAGAUAUUGAAUGAUGGAUUCAAAGGGAACGUGUAUAAGAACCAAGUGGUACAAGAAAUCCACAUCAGGUAUUCUAGUUGGGCGUCGUUGUCGCUACGUCUGUACCCUCAUAGUCCAGUGUUAGAGGUGGACUGGCUGGUUGGACCAAUACCAAUAGCUGAUGGACUAGGCCACUCGGACCUGUACCGGCAUCGUCCAUAUUUACCAAAACUUAACAACAAAAAUAAAACAAUAACAUCACAUCAAUCGAAAACAACAAGAAAGGCACCGCUCACUGAGGAGAGUCAAAAAACUCGCAUGCUCGACUUUUUACUGUGUAAGAAGUCUAAAGUCUGUCUCAUGGAAAAUUCCCACUGGCGCGGCGUCACUGUCCUACUUAACCUAGAUCAUUGUAGACGUGGCAUAGACUCCUAUAAUAAGCGGUGGGCUAGCCGUCCUGACAUUCUUUCAGUGACUAGUGAACUGAAUACGAAAGCGAAACAAGAAGCGAUAACUAGUGAAGUAAACUAUCUGGACGAUCUAAUAGUGUUGGGAAGUGACCAUAGUGACGUGACUAGUGGUAAAGAGGUUCUGAUCAAAUACUCAACGGAUUUAGUCAACGAUGGUGUGUUCUACACGGACUCUAACGGUAGGCAGACCAUGAAGAGGAUAAGGAACAAGCGACCUAUGUUCGAUCCUGUCAACAAAGACCCUAUUACCGGCAACUUUUAUCCAGUAACAUCAAAGAUAUACAUAGAGGAUCUAUCUAAAAACAUUCGUUUCGCUGUACUCAAUGACAGAUGUCAAGGAGGAUCAUCAUUACAAGAUGGCGAAAUAAACAUUCUGUUACACAGACGUCUUUUAACUGAGGACGACAUACAAGAAGCGGCUUUAAACGAAACAGAAUAUAACCAAGGCACCGUUAUAAGAGGGCAACACUAUUUAUACGUCAGCAAGGCAGACCAUAAACCAUAUAGAGUUUUCGAAAAAAAAUUGGCAAAGGAAAUAGAGUUGAAGCCACAGAUAUUUACUUCGCCAGCUUGGGGUUAUGGCGCAAGGGGGAAACCUGUGUGGAUGUCUCGAAUCAAUGAAUAUAGUGGAUUGAAAACAAAAUUACCAAUCGGUGUUCAUAUUUUGACUUUGGAACAAUGGAACGAUAACACCCUGCUGUUGAGGCUGGAGAAUUAUCUCGAAAAAGCUGAUGUUAUACAUGCGGGCGUAAAAAAAGUUUAUCUAUAUAAUCUAUUCACUUUCAUUGAAGUUUUAGGUGUAAAAGAGACGACGCUCUCUGGCCACAUAUUGUUGAAAGAUUGGGUGCCACUGUCUUGGAAUACAGAUAAAUUCUUGAAGAGUUACAAUGAAGCGUAUGGCAGUGGGAAAUUCGAAUAUGUGGAUAAAGAACCUAGAGAUUUACGUGCUGUAGAUGUCAAUACACCUAUCGAGUUAACGCCACAACAAAUCAGAACAUUUGUGAUAGAAUAUAAAUAUGUAUGAUUUAUUUUUUGAUGCAUUAAAAUGUAACCAAAUAUAUUUUUUGUUUUUUUUCAUUCACUAUAUCUGUUACGCUGAAAGAUUGAAAGCAGACGGAAUCAGAAUCACGGAUUUCGCUAUGUAGUUAUUAUGUGAAUGCCACAACGCGCUUUGAACUAUUUUUUCGCUCAGUGAUCAAUUUUAAUCUUUGAGUCUACUUUCAUUGCAUUAAUUUCGCUACCAAUUGCACAUGUUAACGUCCAGCCAGUUGCACAAACGUCCAUUAAAAUUUUCAUUAGUUUAAAGCAACAUUACCCAUACAAAUUUGACAUUUAUUAGAGCGUCAUUAAACCUUAAUGAAAGUUUGUGCAACUGACGGUCAGUAAAAAAUAUUUAACUACUGUAAUCAUAACAUUCAAUAAUUUCAGUACAAAUAAAUAAACACAAUUAACUUAAACUAAGGAGUAAUGGCGGGAUUUUUAU